UGCGUACCAUCUACACGUUUUGCGCGGUUCGCGUGUUUUGAACUGUGCUUGGGCUGCGGAGUGAGGUUCUAGCUUGUAACAGGAGGAACCAUGCCCAGUGCCAUCCCCGGAGCACCGGCUGCAGCCAUGCAGGAAGCUCUGGAGGGUGCGGGGAGGAUCAUGGACCGGCAGCUGCAGGAGGACCGAGCAUACCCAGAUCUGUCCGAGCUGCUCUUAGUGCCUGUGCACAACAGUCCAACAGCAUCUGGCAUAUCUGAAAUGGAUUAUCCUUUGCAAGGUCCUGGUCUCUUGAGCACCCCCAGCCUUCCAGAGCUCAGUGCUAUCAGGAGAGUCCCUCUUCCUCCAGAACUGGUUGAGCAGUUUGGACAUAUGCAGUGUAACUGUAUGAUGGGUGUAUUUCCUGAUAUCAGCAGAGCUUGGCUUACCAUCGACAGUGAUAUAUUCAUGUGGAACUAUGAGGAUGGAGGUGAUCUUGCUUAUUUCGAUGGCCUAAGUGAGACCAUUCUUUCAGUGGGACUUGUGAAACCUAAACCAGGUAUUUUCCAACCUCACAUCUGUUACCUGCUGGUCCUUGCCACUCCCGUUGACAUUGUUAUCUUAGGUCUAAGUUUCACCAGUUCACAAGGAGGUCAACUAAAUGACAGCAUAUCUGGAGGGAUGCAGCUACUUCCGGACCCGCUAUAUUCUCUGCCCACUGAUAACACCUAUCUAAUUACUAUAACGUCAACAGAAAAUGGGCGCAUAUUUUUGUCAGGAAAGGAUGGCUGUUUGUAUGAAGUAGCAUACCAGGCUGAAGCUGGCUGGUUUAGUCAACGAUGCAGAAAAAUCAACCAUUCCAAGAGCUCUCUUUCUUUCCUUGUCCCAUCAGUGCUGCAAUUUACUUUCUCAGAGGACGAUCCCAUAGUGCAGAUUGCCAUUGACAAUUCUAGGAACAUCUUGUAUACCCGAUCUGAUAAAGGGGUCCUGCAGGUCUAUGACCUGGGACAGGAUGGACAUGGGAUGAGUAGAGUGGCUUCUGUAUCCCUAAACUCAAUAGUUUCAGCUGCAGGAAACAUUGCUAGGACGAUUGAUCGCACAGUUUUUAAACCCAUUGUUCAGAUUGCAGUCAUAGAAAAAUCAGAAUCUGUGAAUUGUCAUUUGCUGGCAGUGACGCAUGCAGGUGUUCGACUGUAUUUUAGCACUGUGCCAUUUAAGCAGCCAUCAGCUCGUCCUUGCAUGUUGUCUUUGGUGCAUGUUCGUUUGCCUCCUGGAUUUUCAGCUUCGUCAAAUGUGGAAAAACCAUCAAAAGUGCACAAAGCUCUGUACAAAAAUGGUGUUUUAUUGAUGUCCGCCUCUGAAAAUGAAGACAGUGAUAUUUUGUGGUGUAUAAACCACGAUUCUUUCCCAUUUCAAAAACCAAUGAUGGAAAUGCAGGUGACUGUCCGUAUUGAUGGGCAUACCUGGGCACUUUCUGCAAUUGAUGAAAUUAAAGUGGAAAAGAUUGUGACUCCUUUAAACAAUGAUGUCAUCCCAGUAACAAACUCUCCUAUAUUAAUUCAACAGCAUAUGUUACCUCCCAGGAAGUUUGUACUGCUCUCUGCACAGGGAAGCCAUAUUUUCCACAGGCUUCGACCAGUAGAUCAACUGCGACAUCUUCUUGUAGCCAAUGUAGGGGGAGACGGAGAGGAUAUAGAGCGAUUUUUCAAAUUACACCAGGAGGAUCAGGCUUGUGCUACUUGUUUGAUUCUUGCUUGCUCUACUGCUGCAUCUGAUAGAGAAGUGUCUGCCUGGGCUGCUCGUGCAUUUUUCAGAUAUGGAGGCGAGGCUCAAAUGCGCCUCCAGUCAUCACUUCCCACCCCAAGUAAUGUUGGCCCAAUCUUUGGUUCUCCUUUGCCUAUAGGCUCUCCUAUUCACCCAAGCAGCCCAAUGCCAAAUCCUAGUUUCCUGGGGACACCUACACAAGGUAUAUAUGCUCCAAGUGUUUCUACACCGGUAUAUGGUAUUGGGGUUGCUGGACUACAAUCUGCCUCUACACUAUCUAAUAUAAUAGGCCCAGAAGUUGUGUUUUCCGGAAAACACAAUGGCAUUUGCAUCUAUUUUUCUCGCAUUGUUGGGAACAUUUGGGAUGGAAGCAUAGUUGUUGAAAAAACUUUCAGAAGUGGAAACCGUGAAGUAACAGCAAUGGACAGCAGUGUCCCUUCUGAGAUUUUGGAGUCCGUUCUUCAGGAGCUUAAAGGAUUGCUCGAAUUUUUAGAUAAAAACUCGCAGUUUGCUGCAGGUUCCUUAGGAAAUCCCGGAUUUGGUACUCCUGUGAACCUUCAACAGCGGCUUGUAAGUCUGGGACGUGCUGACAUGGGAAGCUCACAGCAAGUCCAGGAACUACAGAGGAAAUAUCAUACUGAAGCUCAACUUGCAGAGAAAAUAUCUCUUCAGGGAAUCCAUCAACUGCUUAGAAAAGUCUGCCAAGCUUUAUCCUUGUGGAAAUUGCUAUGCCAACAUCAGUUUAACCUCAUUGUGUCUGAACUCCAAAAGGAAUUACAAGAGCAGUUGAAGAUAACUAGUUUUAAGGAUCUUGUUAUCAGAGAUAAGGAGUUGACGGGAGCUUUAAUAGCAUCUUUGAUUAAUUGUUACAUCCGGGACAAUGCAACGGUGGAUGGCAUCAGUACUCACCUACAGGAAGUUUGCCCUCUGCUGUACAGUGCGGAUGAUGCCGUGUGCUCCAAGGCAAAUGAACUUUUACAGAGAUCUCGCCAAGUUCAAAGCAAACUUGAGAAGGAGAGGAUGCUGAGAGAGUCUUUAAUGGAGUAUCAGAAAAUCAGCCAGCAAGUUGACCUGUCUAAUGUUUGUGCACAGUACAGACAAGUGAGAUUUUAUGAGGGUGUGGUGGAACUCUGUCUAACUGCUGCAGAGAAGAAAGAUCCUCAAGGGCUCGGACUUCACUUCCACAAAAAUGGAGAGCCGGAGGAGGAUGCUGUUGGUUUGCAGGCUUUUCAACAGAGGUUAAACAGCUACAAAUGUAUUACGGAUACUCUUCAAGAGCUUGUAAACCAAAGUAAAGCUGCUCCCCAGUCCCCCAGCGUGCCUAAAAAGCCUGGUCCUCCUGUCUUAUCGUCAGACCCCAACAUGCUCAGUAAUGAGGAAGCAGGAAUUCAUUUUGAACAAAUGCUUAAGCUGGCUCAGCGUUCAACAGAUGAACUGUUUAACAUAGCACUCUUUAAUUGGCUGAUACAAGCAGAUCUGGCUGACAAGCUACUGGAGCUGAACUCUCCAUUUUUGGAGCCUCAUUUGGCUCGAAUGGCAAAAGUUGAUCAAAACAAAGUACGCUAUAUGGAUUUACUUUGGAGAUACUAUGAAAAGAAUAGAAAUUUUAACAGUGCUGCUAAAGUUGUGGCCAAAUUAGCAGACCUCCCCAGCAAUGAGAUAUCACUGAGGCAUCGUAUUGAGUACAUAUCCAGAGCCAUCUUAAGUGCAAAAAGCUCGACUGUGACAUCUCUUGCUUCUGAUGGAGAAUUCCUGCAUGAGCUUGAAGAGAAAAUGGAGGUUGCACGUAUCCAGUUGCAAAUUCAGGAAACUUUGACAAAACGAUACUCCCAUCAUUCAUCGGUGCAAGAUGCUGUUUCACAGCUUGAUUCUCAACUUAUGGACAUCACUAAGCUCUAUGGAGAGUUUGCUGACCCUUUCAAGCUCUCUGAAUGCAAACUUGCAAUAAUACACUGUGCUGGACAUUCAGAUCCAAUCUUAGUGCAGACACUAUGGCAAGAAAUCAUCGAGAGAGAAUUAAGUGACAGCAUUGGAAUGAAUCCUGCGGAUCGGAUGCAGGCAUUAAGUUUAAAGUUAACCUUACUUGGCAGGAUCUAUGUCAGUACCCCUCGUUACUUCCCAUUAGAAUUCCUGGUGCAGUUUUUGGAACAGCAGGUGUGCAUCUUGAACUGGGAUACAGGAUUUGUAACUUACAUGAUGCAGGAAAUAGGAGUUACUAUACCGAAGUUACUUGAAGUGUAUGAUCACUUGUUUAAAGCUCGAGAUCCUUACUGGACUAGAAUGAAGAAGUCUCUGCACCUGUUUGAUUGCAUUGAAGUAUUACUCUCUGGAUAUGUACAAGACACAAAUAAAGUCCCUAACUAUGAAAGGAGGCGAUUUAAUACAAUCUGCUUAGAUGCCAUUUCAUGUUACCUAGUUGAGCUUCAGUCCAUGAAUCCAAGUCAAGCAUUGCAGACAACUAUUGGAAACUUCAAAUCUUUACAAGCCAAAUUAGAAAGGUUAAGUUAAUGGUCAACUGGAUCAUCACACAAUAACAAUGUACUGCCUUGGACGGCUAUAUUAGCACUUCAGAAGGAUUGGACACCAAGUGACCGUGGGAGGCUACCAUGUUGAAUAACAUUGUUUAUGGGUCCUAGGAUAAUAAACUUGGUCCAGCUCUCUUGUAGACAACAAUCAUGACUGUUAUGGUGGUAUUUUAUUGUAGAUAUGAUGAGCUGCUUUUUCAGGUUCUUUUUCAGUGCGAAUCUGUUCCAAUUUGGAAGUAUCAUAAGGGUUACAUUUUACAAAUUUUUCUGUAUAUUGUAAUAAUCAACAAUCUCAAUACCCAACAUUCAUUAAACGAACAUGUUCAUUAUAACAAAGAAUCUUAUGUCUAUUGAACAACGGGAUCCAUUCAAGAGGAGUUUUUAAUUUUAAUAGCAGUUUUAUUCACUUUUUUGCAGUAUUUUAUUUAAAAAAAAUUGUUCAGUACUUUUUGAUUGUUCCAUUUCUCUUUUUGAGCAUUAAGCUGGUUGACUGACGUUUGUGUGUGUGUAAAAUGUAAUUAAAGUGAGAACAAAUCUGAGCAGCCUUUCCUGCUCAAUGGUUAUUGCAUGAUAUUGGAAGUGAUCAUCACACGGGACUGAACAGAAAGAUUCGCUUCAUUAAAUGAUUUAAAUAUCAGUUCUAUUGCAAAGCUCUAUGUAACGAACUAAUAGACUUUUUUUUUUUUUUUCCUUUACACUGUGACAAUGUUCGUUUAACUCUUGAAAAAUUGGGUAAUUGUUCUAAAAUCCUAUAAGCAGUUUUCAAAAAUUGUGUAAAAUAUUAACACUUUGAAAAUAUUUUUUGUAUGCUCAUAAAUUUUUAUGCCCUGAAUUAUCAUUGUAAUUCACUGAAGACUUGUGGAAAUAAUGAACAUCAAAAUAGCCAUGUGAAAAUUAAAAUAUUCAUUUCACAGCUGUA